AUGUCGCUGCUCGCGUGCCACAGGAAGCCCGCCACGCGCUCGCUGGAGGCCACGUGGCGCCGCCACAACGACGCCGUGCAGGAGGCGGCCGCCGCCACCGAGGCCGCCGCCCGCCACCAGCAUGCGGUGGCCGCCGCGACCCGCCAUGAGCUCACGUGUUCAGCUCACGUGUUCAGCUCACGUGUUCAGCUCACGUGUUCAGCUCAUGCAUGCCUCGUGCAGCAGGUGCCUGCAGCAGGUGCAUGCCUCGUGCAGCAGGUGCCUGUUUCACACGAGGAGCGUCGUCUGGAGCAGGCGAGAGCUGAGUGCCUGCGAGGCUGCGACUCCAGGCGACCGCUGCUGGACGUCGCCCUGCACUGUGUCGCCGUCCGCGAGACGCGACGUCAGGGCGAGCUGCUCGACGACGAGCUCGAGCGCCGCCUUCAGGAGGAAGUGGCAGCUCUGCAGCGCUCGAGGGCUGCCCUCGAGAAGCUGCAGCAGGAGCUGCUGCAGAGGGGCAGGCGUCUGGAAGAAGUGAGGGAAGCCCUCAUCAGAGACCUCAAUGAAAAGAAGGAGGCGCUGGUGGUAGACAGCAGGAGCGCUGAGCAACUCCCUCAGCACUCAGACGUGUCCUUCAAGCCCGCCCCCCAACAGGGCGCGUCUCACCCCCUUCAUGCUCUCGUCGGCCAUUCGAUGGAGGCCUGGCGCAAGCGGUCGGAGGACAAGAUGAUGGACGCCGCCACGGCCGUCCGGAUGUCCCAAGAGGCUCGGGCGGCCGCGUGUGUGGAGGUGCAGCGCUGCGAUGCCGAGGACGAUCACUGCCGGCGGGCGACGAACUUUGAACUCCGCCGCCGCCGCCACGACACCGACACCGCCACCGCCGCCCUGAAGUGGCGGAGACAAUGCCUGCUACGCACCGCCGCCACUACUGAGAGUGAGAUAGAGCACUUGGAGCGAGAGCUGGCGAGCACACAACUGCUCGUGAAGGCGGCGCAGACGCGACUGGAGGACCGCAAGGCGCGGCCCGCCAACGAGGCGACGGCGGACGCGGCGCAGGAGAGCCUCUGGCAGGAGGAGCGGCAGCUGCGCCGCUCCAGGGACGCCCUCAGAGGGGAACUAGCUGCCUCCAGGAUGAGUUUGCAUGAAGUACAGGAGCAGUUGCGUGCAGUAGACCGCGAGCUACGGCUGAAGGCAACGACGGCAGGCAGCGAGCAGACCGUGGCCGGGCUGAGGGAAGUGCCCUCGCGACUACCCUCUAAAGAGGGCCUUGUCGAGCACGAGGAGGUAGCGUCCCUCACGCUGCAGAACCUGCAGCUGACGGGGUCUCUGCAGCAGCAUGCCACUCUCAUGCUGACAUAG